AUGAUAUAUCGUGUGGCUAUAGCCCUCACGAUGAUGAGUAUUUUGCGGAUCCCAUGGUUCGUCGAGCAGCCAGCCAGCUCACUGAUGGAAUGGCACCCUGCAUUUCAACACUUGUGCAAGAAAUUUACUGUUUACAAGGUAUUCAUCUGGCUUGGGAGCUACGGAGGAGAGUGCCCAAAGCCUACGCUGAUCUACUCGAACUAUCGGUUCAUCGAGAAGCUAUACUUGCCCCUCCCUCAUGGCAGAAAAUGGCAAGCAGAGAUGAGCGUUAAGUACGUCGACAAUUCAGGUGUCCGCAGGGUGUCAGGUGGCCGGGAUUUGAAAGCAUCCCAGCAUUAUCCCAGAUUGUUUGGUGCAGCCUUUGCCCAACUAUAUCUUAGCGAGCAAGCUGGCGUGCGUACAGAGAUCCAGCGCCAGAAGAUACUUAGCUAUGAAUCUAUGAAUGCUCAAUCCUCGUUUAGAAUGCGUGAACAGGUAGUGAUAUACAGUGGUCAUGAUUUCAACACUCAGGAUGAAGCUGGCCGAUCGCGAAGAACCCAUGAGGCCCUUCAAGGACUGCGUUGA